UGCAGAGAACAGCUGUUCUGUUUAUUUAGCCUUUCACUUUGGACGCUUGUUAAAAGUUCCUUAAAGUUAUGUCAGUUAUACUGAGAAGCAAUCUGCGCGCAAACUGGCUCCUAAAGCAUGUUUGCUAUAGCUCCAGCGCCAAAUCAAGCGGCGACGCUGCCAAAACGAUACCCAAAAAUCUACUCGAGGAUAAGCAAACGGCUAAUUUGCAAAAGGAAAACGGAGCCAUUUUCGACAAGCGACCAUUCAAACUGCAUCUGGAUAAAGAUAAAACGUACAGCUGGUGCCUGUGCGGCAAAUCCAAAUCGCAGCCGCUCUGCGAUGGUACGCAUAAAAAUGAAUUUCUCAAGAUUAAGCUGAGGCCCAUACGCUUCAAGGUGGAGCAGACUGGCGACUAUUGGCUGUGCAAUUGCAAGCAGACGAGGCAUCGACCCUUCUGCGAUGGCACCCACAAGCAGCCCCAGAUCCAGUCAGCCGUUAAAUAACUCAGCAUAGCUUUAAGGUUGCAUGCAACGAACGCAUUUGUAGCAUAUUGAUGGGAUGAAAUGAGAGGAGAAAUGCACGAGAACAAUUUUGAAUCAA